AUGGGUUCGAUGGUGGUGUUAGUUGGAAGCAUGCCGUCUUUAGCUUCCUUAGUUAGCCUGGGGAGCCGGGGCAUGGCGGCAGGAACCUCCACCGCUCCCGAAUCCUCGUCUUACUCCAUCGUCCGUAGGGUUUCGAUGUCCAAACGCGCGCUUAGGCGAGCCAGGAAGUGGCAUUGUACAUCAACAAGUUCGUCAAUUUGUAGAUACUCGGUUACCACCACGGAUUUCAUUGCCGAGCAGGCCAAUGCAGUGUCGUCUGCGGAUUCGAGUAGUACAUUUAGAGACAAUAAUAAUAGUAGCAGCGAUGGCAAUGAAGGAGAUGGUACUGAUGUUGUACUCAAGGCUGCUCCGAGGCCUCUCUUGAGACCUUCUAUCAGUUUGAAGAGUCCAUCUCGAGAGUCCUCGUUGACUAAUAGUAAGGUGGAGAGUGGUGGGGAUGAUGAGAGGGGAAAGGUGAUUCUGUCUCUUGAUGAGGUUCUGGAGAAGGCUGAGAAGCUUGAAACUGGUAAACCGAGUCAGCUUGGUAGUCGAAAUGGUAGUAAUGGGGCUAGUAGUAGUGUGGAUAAGACGGAGGUGGCUUCCAAUCAGGGAAAUCCAGCUGCGGCUACUCGUAAAGCUAAGACCUUGAAGAGUGUAUGGAGGAAAGGUGACACAGUGGCGAAUGUGCAGAGGGUGGUGAAGGAGGUUCCCAAGAGUGUGAAUAACGUUGUUAAAGAAGAACCUCUAACUAGCACUGACGGGGACAAACUGGAAUCCCUACCCAAAGCCAUGCAACCGCCUCUAAGACAGCAGCCACAGUUGCAGGCUAGGCCUGCUGUGGCUCCUCCUCAACCUGUAGUGAAGAAAUCUGUCAUUUUGAAGGAUGUUGGGGCAUCUCGAAAAUCAUCGUUAGUUCCUGAUGAAGUUGAUGUAGCUAGUUCUGGCAAGAGUAAAGAACGACAACCAAUAUUGGUUGACAAAUUUGCACGUAAGAAGGCUGCUGUUGAUCCUAUGGUUUCUCAGGCAGUUUUAGGCCCAACAAAGACAGGGGGGAAGGGACCUGCUAUGGGGAAGUUCAGAGAGAAGAGGAAAAAUGUUUCAGCUGGGAGCCCAAGGAGGCGGCUGUUGGCUAAUGACGAUAUACCCGAUGAUGAGGCAUCGGAGCUGAAUGUCUCGAUACCUGGUUCAAGGAAAGGGAGGAAAUGGAGUAAAGCGAGUCGGAGGGCAGCUAGACUACAGGCGGCCAAAGAUGCUGCUCCUGUGAAAGUAGAGAUUUUGGAGGUAGGGGAGAAAGGCAUGGAAGUGGAGGAAUUGGCCUUCAAUUUGGCCAUUGGUGAAGGUGAUGUUCUCGGUUAUCUGUACUCGAAGGGAAUUAAACCUGAUGGGGUGCAAGUACUGGACAAGGACAUGGUGAAGAUGAUAUGUCAAGAGUAUGAGGUGGAGGUCGUUGAUGCUGAUCCAGUUAAAUACGAAGAAAUGGCAAGAAAGAAGGAAAUCUUUGAUGAAGAUGAUUUGGGCAAACUGGAGGAAAGGCCUCCUGUACUAACAAUAAUGGGUCACGUUGAUCAUGGGAAAACAACGUUGCUGGACUACAUUCGUAAAGCUAAGGUGGCUGCAUCAGAGGCUGGUGGGAUUACUCAAGGAAUCGGAGCAUAUGAAGUUUUUGUACCUGUGGAUGGCAAAAUGCAGCCAUGUGUCUUCCUCGAUACUCCUGGGCAUGAGGCAUUUGGAGCAAUGAGGGCACGUGGGGCACGAGUGACGGAUAUUGCCGUUAUUGUGGUGGCAGCUGAUGAUGGUAUUCGUCCUCAGACAAAUGAGGCCAUAGCUCACGCCAAAGCUGCUGGUGUACCUAUCGUGAUUGCUAUAAAUAAGAUAGACAAAGAUGGAGCUAAUCCAGAAAGAGUGAUGCAAGAGCUGUCUUCAAUAGGUCUCAUGCCAGAGGAUUGGGGUGGUGACAUCCCAAUGGUUCAGAUCAGUGCUCUUAAGGGGAAGAAUAUUGAUGAACUGUUGGAAACUGUCAUGCUUGUUGCCGAGCUACAAGAAUUGAAGGCAAACCCUCACAGGAACGCAAAGGGUACUGUAAUUGAGGCAGGUCUUAACAAAGCUAAAGGACCCAUGGCUACAUUUAUUGUACAGAAUGGAACCCUUAAAAAGGGGGAUGUUGUGGCUUGUGGAGAAGCAUUUGGAAAGGUGCGGGCUUUAUUUAACGAUAGUGGAAGUCAAGUUGAUGAAGCUGGACCGUCAAUACCUGUACAGGUCAUUGGACUAAAUAAUGUACCACAAGCAGGUGACGAAUUCGAAGUUGUUGGCUCCCUUGAUGUUGCCCGUGAAAAGGCAGAAGCGCGUGCUGUCUCAUUACGAGAUGAGCGCAUAUCAGCAAAGGCUGGGGAUGUGAAAGUGACACUGUCUUCCUUAGCCUCGGCUGUUUCUUCUGGAAAGCUAUCCGGUUUGGACUUGCAUCAGUUGAACAUAAUACUGAAAGUUGACCUUCAGGGAUCUAUUGAGGCUGUCAGGCAAGCAUUACAGAUACUCCCUCAAGACAAUGUGUCCUUGAAGUUCCUCUUGCAAGCAACAGGAGAUAUAACCACCAGUGAUGUUGAUCUUGCUGCUGCUAGUGAAUCUAUAAUUUUUGGAUUUAAUGUGAAAGUACCAGGUUCAGUUAAAAAGUACGCCGAGAACAAAGGUGUGGAGGUUCGGCUAUAUAGAGUCAUCUAUGAACUUAUAGAUGAUGUUCGCAACGCAAUGGAAGGGCUUUUGGAUUCUGUUGAGGAACGGGAAAUGAUUGGGUCAGCAGAUGUACGAGCUGUGUUCAGCAGCGGCAGUGGUCGUGUUGCUGGGUGCAUGGUGACUGAAGGGAAGCUAGAGAAAGGAUGUGGCAUUAAGGUGGUACGGAACAAGAAAACUGUACAUGUCGGUGUUCUUGAUUCAUUGAGAAGAGUUAAAGAAAUUGUGAAGGAGGUGAGUGCUGGCCUAGAAUGUGGUAUUGGGUUGGAAGAUUACGAUCAUUUUGAGGAAGGAGAUAUAUUGGAAGCUUUCCACAAGGUCGAGAAGCGACGAACUCUAGAAGAGGCAUCGGCUUCAAUGGCUGAAGCUGUGCAAGGAAUGAACUGA